AGCGGUUCUCCCCACUGGGCGGUGUCCCAUAAGGAUACGGGAGAGGUGAGCGGUGAGACGCCAGAACGAGGACUCAUUUCCUCCCGGGUGAUGGUGCCGGAUUGCACCAGUGGACUUCAGGUGUCAGAAUGUCAGCAAAUGUCAGCGCAGAGGAGAUGGAGAUCAAGGAGAGCUUCCAGAAAGUGGACGCAGAUGGUAACGGGUACAUCACCGCCUCGGAACUCAGUAACCUCUUUCAAGAAGUGGGCUGUUCCAUGCCCGGGUACCAGAUCAGAGAGCUCCUCCAGAAACUGGACAAAGACAACGACAGCCAGAUCACCUUUAAAGAGUUCACGGCUAUUUUCAAGGAAAUGAAGGGCGACGGCAUGGCUCAGAAAUUCAGGAAAGCCCUGAACAAGAAAGAAGGCAUCCUGGCCAUCGGUGGAACGAGCACGAUCUCUAGCGAAGGAACUCAGCAUUCCAUCUCUGAGCAGGAGCGAUUUGCCUUUGCCAACUACAUCAACUCUGCCCUGGAGAAGGAUCCGGAAUGUAAGCACGUCCUGCCUAUCAACCCAGAAACGGAAGCUCUGUUUAAGGCAGUGGCAGACGGCAUCAUACUUUGUAAACUCAUCAACCUCUCUGUCUCUGACACCAUUGAUGAGAGAACCAUCAACAAAAGGAAACUGACACCUUUCACCACACAGGAGAAUCUGAACUUGGCUCUGAAUUCCGCCUCGGCCAUCGGCUGCCAAGUUGUCAACAUCGGCGCUCAAGAUUUGAAGGAGGGGAAACCUCACCUGGUGCUCGGGCUCCUCUGGCAGAUUAUCAAGAUUGGCCUGUUCGCCGACAUAGAGCUGAGCCGCAACGAAGCUAUAGCAGCAUUGCUGGAGGAAGGGGAGACUCUGGAGGAGCUGAUGAAGCUCAGUCCAGAGGAGCUGCUGCUGCGCUGGGCAAAUUUCCAUUUGAAGAAAGUUGGCAUGUCGAUAACAAACUUUUCUGGAGACAUUAAGGACUCCAAGGCGUACUUCCACCUGCUGCAGCAGAUCGCUCCAGACGGCAGCAAGGAGGACGUCCCACCAGUCGACGUGGACAUGACCGGUCUUUAUGAGAACGAUCUCUCCAAGAGAGCGGAGUGUAUGCUCAAACAGGCCGACCGCCUCAACUGCCGGCAGUUUGUGACCGCCACCGAUGUCGUGAGUGGAAACUCUAAACUCAACAUGGCGUUUGUGGCCACGCUGUUCAACAAACACCCAGCGCUCACCAAACCGGAGAACCAAGACUGGAAUCUGACAAGCGAGACCAGAGAGGAGAGGACAUUCAGAAACUGGAUGAACUCUCUGGGAGUCAGUCCACGUGUUCACCACAUCUACGGUGAUCUGCAGAAUGCCAUGGUGAUCCUCCAGCUCUACGAAAGGAUCAAGGUGCCAGUGGACUGGGACAGCAGAGUGAACCACCCUCCAUUCAAGGGAAUAGGAGGAGGGCAUCUAAAAAAGAUGGAAAACUGUACCUACGCUGUGGAAUUGGGAAAGAAACAAGCAGGUUUCUCCCUGGUGGGGAUCGGCGGACAAGACCUCUACGAUGGCAAUCAAACACUAACUCUGGCCCUGGUGUGGCAGCUGAUGAGAAGGUACACGUUAAAUGUUCUUGAAGACCUCGGACACGGAGAAGUUGCAGGGGACGAUUUGAUAGUUUCAUGGGUCAACAAGACUUUGUCUCAGGCUGGCAAGAGUUCCUCUAUCAAGAGCUUCAGGGACAAAGUGAUCAAUACCAGUAUACCAGUUCUGGAUCUGAUCGAUGCCAUUCAGCCACAGAGUGUGAACUUUGAGCUGGUUCGGAAAGGAAGUCUGUCAGACGAAGACAAACUCAACAAUGCCAAGUAUGCCAUUUCCAUGGCCAGGAAGAUUGGGGCCAAAGUCUACGCUCUGCCUGAGGACCUGGUGGAGAUCAACCAGAAAAUGGUGAUGACCGUCUUCGCCUGCUUGAUGGGGAGAGGCAUGAAGAGGGCGUAAAUGUGAAUGUAAUAUAUUAAUAUAAGGUACACAUUCACAUUUAGUUAUGAUUAAUGUAUCAUCUUAAAAGGACCGUUUCCUUUAAAACCACAAACUGACUAAAUAAUUUAAAUGCCAUAUCUUAAUAUGGGUCUUAACAAGUCUUAAUUAUUCAAUUAUGUGGACGGUUCCAUGCAUUUGGUUAUUAGUAAACUUGCAGAUAAUCCAUUAAAAUACAAUUGAUAUGUACUUUAUUAAUACAUGUAUCAAUACAUUGACCCAAUAUAAAUGUAUUAAGAAAAGAAUGGGGGACCAGAGAGUGCCAAUGACUGGGAUAUCCCACUACUCAGCAUCCCGGGUACAGUACACUCCGAGAUACUGUGAUGGCAAUACCACAAAACGUUGUGCACAAUCAGAUCAAUAAUAUUAAAACAUUUUUUGAGUGUU